AUGUAUCUGGUACAGACUUCUAAGAUAGUGGAAACAUGGCUGACUAACCCACAGGAUCUGCAGCCUUUUCCACGCAUCGAAGUGAAAUUAAAACUUCAGCGAAAAGUCUUGCUCUAUACAUGGAGGUAUUGGCCAUCAGCCUAUGGUUUUCCAUUAGCAAGCAAUCCAGUUGGGAAUAUCUCAAGUGGCCAAGUACUUCAGCAUGAAAGAUUUGCUCGCUUUGUUGAUAAUGAGUGUAAGUAUGAAGAAUAUGGAGGUAAAUCAGAUAAAAUCACAGGCAAAGAUGAGCGCAGGGAAUCAAAUCGGUUUUCGCUUAUUAAUACCCAGCGCUAUGAGCUUUCUCACUUAGGGAAGGCAGAUGAAGUUUGCAGUAAGAGGAAGAAUAUAGUAGAUCACUCUUAUGGAAGCUUUAAAGGACUUACAGAAGAUGGACGUGAUUCUAAUGAAAAAAUUCAAGACAAUGCCCUGAAAUCCGGCUUAUCUCAAUUAUAA